AUGGGGAAACCUUUGCAAGGGUUCACUUUUCUCGCAGUAGUGAUUCUCUUUGCUGCCGUGUCCAUCAAAUCUACUGCAACGCUGCAUGCAAAGGGAUGUGCACCACCAACCAUGGUAGCAGCAAGUGUCUGCAAGCGCCCGGAAUACUAUCGCUGUCAAGAUGCAGCACCAUUUGCCCUCAGGGCCAGUAAUCUCGGGGCAGUAGAACCCCUUCUUUGCGUCUGCAAGGGGCCCAAUUGCAACCCUGCCACCCGCGUCGCAUCUCACCUCGAAUCCCUCAUCAUGUCUUCCGCUCUGACGGUGAUCCUCAUCUGUCUUCUCAGCCAGUGAACAUAAAACUUCAUCUUUAAUCACCGUUAUUCUCUCUCAUUCUAUGUUUUUCUGUGAUGCGGGGGGAGAAAAGGAAAGAAAUAAUUUUUCCUCGGGUUCAA